AUGUCUUUCCCUAUCCCGCCCAAAAUAUUUCUUCCACCGCAUAAUUCUCCACCGAUUCAUCAUCACCAAGCUCCGCCACCGCUUGCACCGCCACGAGCAGCCAUAUCCAUAUCUAUACCGGAAUCCGGUUUAGGACGUACCGCCACCAAUAUCGACGAUUCCACGACAUCAGCUUUUCGAGACUACCAAGCUUUAUUCGUGUCGCAACGUUCCGAGACAGUCGAACCGGUCGUGAUUAAACCAAUCCAAGGCUCCAUACCGAUUGAUUUCCCAUCCGGUACGUAUUACUUAGCCGGUCCAGGACUUUUUACCGACGACCACGGGUCAACGGUCCAUCCACUCGACGGUCACGGCUAUCUCCGUGCGUUUCACAUCGACGGAAACAAACGGAGAGCGACGUUCACGGCCAAGUACGUAAAAACGGAAGCUAAAGAAGAAGAGCACGAUCCAGUGACUGACACGUGGAAGUUCACUCACAGAGGACCGUUCUCGGUGCUAAAAGGCGGGAAGAAGUUUGGAAACACGAAGGUGAUGAAAAACGUGGCGAAUACCAGCGUUUUGAAAUGGGCGGGGCGGUUGCUUUGUUUAUGGGAAGGUGGUGAGCCGUACGAGAUUGAAUCUGGAUCGUUGGAUACCGUCGGGAGAUUUAACGUCGCGAUCAACGGCUGUGAUGCUGUUGAUGAUGAUGAUGAUUCGUCCGACAAAGAUUUUGCUGGUCAUGAUAUAUGGGACACAGCCGCAGAUUUGUUGAAACCCAUACUUCAAGGUGUGUUUAAGAUGCCACCGAAACGGUUCUUGUCACAUUACAAAAUCGACGAUCGGAGAAAUAGACUUUUAACCGUGACUUGCAACGCCGAAGAUAUGCUUUUACCUCGUAGCAACUUCACAUUCUGCGAGUAUGAUUCGGAGUUCAAGUUGAUACAAACGAGAGAAUUCAAGAUCCAUGAUCAUAUGAUGAUCCAUGAUUGGGCUUUCACAGAUACUCACUACAUACUCUUUGCCAACAGAGUCAAGCUUAAUCCGAUUGGUUCCAUGGCGGCGAUGUGUGGGAUGUCACCGAUGGUGUCAGCUUUAUCGUUGAACCCAAGUAACGAGAGUUCUCCGAUUUAUAUCCUCCCUAGAUUUUCCGACAAAUCUAUUGGAGAUAGAGAUUGGAGACUUCCUGUGGAGGUGUCUUCUCAGUUAUGGCUAAUUCACUCUGGAAACGCUUACGAGACUAGGGAAGAUAACGGCGAUUUAAAGAUUCAGAUACAAGCUUCUGCUUGCUCUUACCGUUGGUUCGAUUUCAAGAAAAUGUUUGGUUACGAUUGGCAAAAGAAGAAGCUGGAUCCUUCUGUUAUGAAUCUAAAUCGAGGCGACGACAAACUACUCCCUCAUCUAGUUAAGGUGUCUAUGGUCUUGGACGCUAUCGGAAACUGCAAGAGCUGUGACGUAGAGCCAUUAAACGAUUGGAACAAGCCGUCAGAUUUUCCGGUUGUAAACUCAACCUGGUCUGGCAAAAAGAACAAGUACUUGUAUUGUGCAGCCUCUUCAGGAACUCGACGUGAACUUCCUCAUUUCCCUUUCGACAUGGUCGUGAAGUUUGAUUUGGAGUUAAAUGUGGUCCGUACUUGGAAUACCGGAGCUAGGAGAUUCGUUGGUGAGCCUAUGUUUGUCCCUAGAAGCUCCAACGAAGAAGAUGAAGACGAUGGUUACAUUGUCGUCGUCGAGUAUGCGGUUUCUGUGGAGAGAUGUUACCUUGUGAUUUUGGAUGCUAAGAAGAUCGGUGAAUCCGAUGCGGUCGUGGCGAGAUUAGCGGUUCCGAGGAAUUUGACGUUUCCAAUGGGGUUUCACGGUUUAUGGGCUAGCGAUGAUUGA